UUGGCCACUGUAUCUCACUUCCGAUACUCCCAAUUACUAUAAAAUCCUUUCCAUUCAUCGUUUCUCAAAAAGCCUUGAUCUUUUGUGAAGGAGGAAUAUGGAGCACGCGUUUCAGGAUGGCAAAGAGGAAGUUAUCCAAGCCUGGUACAUGGGCGACAGUGAUGAAGACCAGAGACUUCCUCAUCAUCGUGAACCCAAGGAAUUUAUCCCAUUGAACAAACUUUCAGAACUUGGUGUUGUUAGCUGGCGUUUGGAGGGUGGUGAUAACCAUGAAGAAGACGAAAAGCUGAAAAAAAUUCGUGAAGCCAGGGGUUACACUUAUGUGGAUAUUUGUGAAAUCUGCCCAGAGAAGCUCCCAAAUUACGAAGCCAAGUUAAAGAGUUUCUUUGAGGAGCACCUGCACACUGAUGAAGAGAUCCGUUAUUGCCUGGAAGGAAGCGGUUAUUUUGAUGUGAGGGACGAAGGUGACUGCUGGAUUCGGGUGGCACUGAAGAAAGGAGGCAUGAUUGUGCUGCCUGCUGGAAUUUAUCAUCGAUUUACUCUAGAUACAAAUAACUACAUCAAGGCUUUGCGUCUUUUUGUGGGCGAGCCUGUGUGGACCCCCUAUAACCGACCCCAUGAUGAGCUUCCUGCGAGAAAGGAGUACCUUGAAGCUUUCGUGAACAAAGAAGUCAAAAACUCUGCUGUUACAGCUCAUUGAAGUCAUCCGUGUUUUGUUGAAAAAAAAAGUAUUGCUGAAAAAAAAUAUUAAUUCAUGUACUUCCUUGAUCUUGUAUGCUAAUUUGGAUUUGCUGGAAAAAAAUGUACUGCUGGAAAGAAAAAUAAUAUAUGUACUUCUAAGCUUGAAUGCUUGUUGGAUUUGCUGGGCUUGAUGUACAAGAUGUGCUCCGAAAAUAAUAAAAAGUACGUUAUCUAUA